ACAUUUUCGUUUCUCGGUGCAACAAGUCGUUGACGUCGUCGUCGUCCCAACAUUGAUGUUGUUGCAUGCAUAAAAACGCCCGCUACACAGUGUUUAGAGAGUGGAAAUCUGCAGCAGUUACAAAUGCAGCCCUAAAUAGAAAGUGGAGUGAGUGCAAUGCAACGCAACGCUGUGCCGCACACAUUAUUUCAAAUCGAAAUUUAGUACAAAGCACUAGUGAUACUGAAGCCUACAUAGUGUCUUAAGUCCGAUCAAUGAACCUGAAAAUUGACAAAGGCGUAAAACGUUCGACUUUACUACGGAAUCAAUGCAUUAUUAAUUGUAUGCAGCAGAACUUUGACUUCCGUCAAUAAUGUAUCUAGUGUACAAGUAGAACAUUCUUAGUAUGAAACCCAUUCUUGAAUUAUUUCAAAUGCUUUCCGCGAUAGAUAGCCCAUGUUCGUUGUUCAACAGAAGUGACUCUAAUUAAUUAAAGCGAAAUAUGAGAACAAUUUGAAACCCUCAUAUUUUUGUAUGUCGCGUCGCCAGUAAGCAUUAAACACUUGUGGAGAACAGCUGAACUUAAUCUGUCGCUUAUUAACUGUUCUCUCGACUUACAGAACAGUAUACAGAAAACCACGAAGCUAUUCAGAUAAAGAACGGCAUAACCAGACGCUCCUUCACUUUAAAUAUGGACUGAUUUAGAAAUUAAUAUUUAAACUGUACAUUAAUUCUCGAAUUCACAAUGGAAAUGGAUGCUAGUGUUAAGACCACCACAUACUCUCAAAGUGGUAGUUCAAUAGAUUACAGUAGCGAUAUCAAUGCUAUUAGUGUAGAACUACCCGAACCAGAUGAUUAUCAAUCUUUGAAUGGCUUUAAAUAUUUGCCUGCCUGGCCAGCUGUUAACUUGGAGUUUUCAGGUCUUACAUUCGAAGUGCCUGACGAAAAUAAUGCUCCAAAAACAAAGAAAAUCUUACGUGACAUUCAUGGGGAGUUCCGUUCCCAUGAGCUGAGUGCAAUUAUGGGGCCAUCCGGUGCAGGGAAAACCACACUAUUAAACUUAUUGGCAGGAUUCGGCUCUUUUAGUUCAUCUGGAGAAAUUCUAGUUAAUAACAACCCGCGUGAUAUGAGAAUCUUUCGCAAAAUGUCUAGAUACAUUAUGCAGACGGAUAUUCUCGACCUACAGUUCACAGUUAGCGAAUUAAUGUUAUUAGCCGCCAACUUGAAACUUGGAAACGAAUUAAAAUUAGAACAAAAAAUUGAAGUGAUAGAUGAAAUAUUAGGAAUGCUACGCUUAAAAGGUGCUCAACACACAAAAACUGAUAAAAUCUCUGGAGGUGAACGGAAACGUCUUUCCAUUGCAUUGGAAUUAGUUAACAACCCACCAAUAUUAUUUCUAGACGAACCAACAACAGGCCUGGACGAUCUGUCUAGUUCCCAAUGCAUAACAUUGCUGAAAAUGUUGGCAUCCGGUGGACGCACCGUCAUUUGCUCUAUACAUACACCCUCGGCUAAGAUUUUUGAAAUGAUUGACAAAGUCUACGUUCUCGCUGAAGGACAGUGCAUCUACCAAGGGAGCGGUGUAAACAUUGUCCGCUACAUGAAUCACAUAGGACUAUCAUGUCCGCUCACCUACAACCCUGCAGACUUCAUAAUUGAAGUAGCAUGUCAUGAAUACGGAAAUGGAUAUCAUAAUCAGAUGGUAGAAGCUGUACGCAAUGGCAGAGUCUUCCGCUGGUCUCCAUCCACGGAAGAUGGUAAGAAGACUCCAACCAAAUCAGAUACAACGUCAGGAGCCUCAACGUUCUACGAAAUUGAUCAGUUCGAGGAAGAAAUGAACCCAGAACUAUUAAUAUCGAAAUCAAGUUGGUGGAUGCAGUAUAAGUUACUGCUUGUGCGAAUGAUGAUACAAAUGUGGAGAGACAAAUCGCACAUCAAACUGAAAUUCUAUAUGAACAUCAUUCUUGCUCUAAUUGUUGGUGGACUUUAUCAGGGAGUGGGUCGUCAAGCUUCUAAAGCUCUUUUCAAUUUCGGAUUUAUGUUCACCAUUGUGAUAGCCUAUUUAUAUUUGCCAAUGAUGCCGGUGCUACUACAAUUUCCGACCGAGAUCAAAUUAUUAAAACGUGAAUACUUUAACCAGUGGUAUCGAUUGAGCUCCUAUUACGCCGCUAUGCUCUCUGCCAAAUUACCUUCAAUGUUUAUCUUGGCUGUUAUUUAUCUAUCAAUAGUGUAUUUAAUGUCGAGCCAGCCUCUGGAAUGGUUUCGAUUUAUCAUGCUCUUCAUUAUCGCUUUUCUAACGGCUCUCACUUCGGACAGCUUUGGCUUGCUGAUCUCCAGUAGGCUCAGCUUAGUGAAUGGCAUGUUCAUGGGACCUGUUCUUGCUGUCCCAUUAAUCUUACUUUCCAUUUAUGGCAUUGGUUAUGGCAAGGAUGCCUACAUUUCCCCGAUCAUGCGAUUUCUAAUGUCGCUCAGUUUCUUACGACACGGUAUGGAAGGAUUAGUGGCCGCUUUAUACGACUAUGGAAGAGGGGAUACUAUAUGUGAGGAUUCGGAAAUGUUUUGUAUGUUCAAAAAAUCACAGUUUUUGUUGAUGUUCCUCGGGUUUGAAAACAUGCAUUACUUAUGGUCCGUCUGUUGCCUAAUUGCAUUUUAUCUUUUCUUCACCGUUGCUGCCUACAUAUUGAUACGGAAACGAUUGAAAAGAACAGAGACAAAUCAUAUCGGUGCUUAUGUCUUACAACUCUUGACAAAAUACUUCAAUUUCACUUCCUAUAAUUAUUAGCUAUUGUCUAAGCCAUGGGUAGUUUAUUUUUUUAUAAUAAUUUCAAGUGUAUAAACUUACCGUAUACAAAUAACAUUUAAAGUGUGAAAAUAUUCCAAUUUUGUACUCCUCGUGUUUACAUAUGUGCAAAUGUAAUGGAUUUUAUAUGAGCAAAAGUAAAGAUGACGGGCUUUUACCAAUUUCAACACACGCGCAAAAAUAAACGAACACAAGAAAAAAAUUCACUCAAAAAAAAAAAAAACACCACAAUAGUAACGGCAAUAAUCGCAUACGUGUAGAAUAUUUAAAAACACGAUUUCACUCGCGGAAAUACAUACAUACGUAUGCAUGUAUACACAAAUGCAAUACUUUUUCAAUUGCUUCUAUUAUGUGAGCUUCUGAUUUAUUUUUCGGUGCUCCUACUAAAUUUCAAACACACACACAAACACACGCGCGCCAUUUCACUUGCACCAUUAAUUUUUAUACCAUUAAUUAGGUGCGUAAUACAUCAUUUUGUGUAUUGCCUUCAUUUUACCGUAUUCUGACAUUAUUCGAAAUACUUUUUAACGUAAAAAACUCUAUCGCGCACUCGUAAUUUGUUAAUUAUUUUGCAAAAACGUAUUCAGUUUACCGCUUGCCGUCGCGCGUUUUUCAACUGACAUUGUUUUUUCAUUCGAAUUUCACAACACUGAUGGACAGCAAUACCAAAGCUAAUUGCUGUGACCCUCAAGGUAAAUUGCUUACCACCAAUAUGUUGGUUGGUGCCUGCGCUAGGGAAGUUUUUUGCUUGUGCUUAUUUUAAUGUUGAUCAACACACAUGAAAAAUAUGCACACAAACAAAAAUUCACCACAAUAGUAACGGUUAACGGUCAACACACGUUAAAAAAAUUAACACAAAAAAAACAAAAUAGUAACGAUAACGGUAAAGCACGAUUUUAUUAAAAUUGAAAACACGAUAUCACUCGCGGAAAUACAUACAAACGUAUGCAUGUAUAUAAAUGCAAUACUUCUUUUAUUUGCUUCAAUUAUGUGAGCUUGUGAUUUAUUUUUCGUUGCUCCUUCUACAUUUGAAACACACACACAAACACACACGCGCCGUUUCACAUGCACCAUUAUUAAAACAUUAAUUUAGUGCUUAUUACAUCAUUUUAUGGAUUGCCUUCAUUUUCCCGUGUAGCGACAAUAUUCGAAACACUAACUACUGUAAAAAACUCGUUCGCGCACUCGUAAUUUGUUAUUAUUAUGGAAAAAGUUAUUUAGCUUACCGCUUGCCGACGCACUUUUUUCAACUGGACAUUGUUUUUUCACAAAUGAAUUUCACAACACUUAUUGACUGCAAAACCGAAGCUGAUUGCUAUGACGCUCAAGCUUAUUAUUAAGAAGGCCGAAUGACUUCGAAUUUGCUGCACCAAUUACCAGCAACACCAUAACUGAUUGCUAUGACACUUUAGAUGAACUGCCUAAAAAUAAAAUGGUUCUUGUCUGUGUUUACGAAGUUUUAUACUAUCCGGGUCAAUGUUAACGUUUACGAUCCAACGGUUUACAAGCUCUAAACAUGUUCGUCCCAAGCAUGACGAACUAUGUAAAUAAAUACCCAUUCUUAUGUAGGAAUAAAUUAUCCUAGUUUUAUCUCAAGAGGUACUAAUCAUUACUUUGAACAUCUAGAAUCUAGUUUCUAGGCAAUAUACACCUCAAAAGGUACUAAGCAUCUUAUCAUCAUAAGGAGAAUAUGAAUUGACUAGCUCGUAUAUCUCAUUUACCUGUAUGAUAAUGUAAUAAAAAUGAAAAGAAAAAGUUUACUUUGGAUAAACAUAUAUUUUGGAAGUAAUCCACUAUACCUCUCUGAAUGGGUAUUUCGUAGACGUAGCAUAUUUGACAAUCAUUGUAUUUGAGUAAGGGAAAUACACACACAAACAAUGUGUACUUAGAUAUACAAUUAUUUGGUUGUAUGCACAUAGAAUGUACAUUGUCUUUUGCUGGCCAGAUGGGUACAUAAUUUAUGGAUUUUUAUGUUACAAUAACGUAUUAAAUAAUUUAAAACUUUCCACUGUAUUUUAGAAAUAUAUUUUUGUAAAGGAAAAUACGGCAAAUACAAAACUUGUUAAGUGUAAGUAAUGUACAAAUAGGUUGUCUACAAUUCUGGUUUAAUACCACCACAUUGACAAGGGAAAGCAUAUUAUUUAUAAAAAGAAAUAUGUGCAUGAUCGUUGUUUUGUUUUACAGCCGUAAAAACCGAAAAGUCAAGAGAAAUCAGCUGUUGGUGGUAGCAACAAUUCAUUGUGAUAAAACUGAAGCUCUACAGUUAGUAUUUGAGCCUUCUUUUGAUAGUAUUAUAUGCAAACCAUUACAAAUAAGUUGUAUUAAUGGUAUCUCAUAUACAUACAUAUGUAUAAUUUAAAGUGGGAGGUUCUAGCUUAGAAAUGAAAGCCUAUGUAGCUGACAAGCCUAUUGCUUGCGUCACUUAUUUUGUAAACUAAAAAAGAACUAAAAAUUACGUCGUCGCUGCUGUUGAUUC